AUGUCGAAACCAAUUAGUGAUCAUCUGGAAUCCUCGGAAUCCCUGGAAUACGGGGGUCCAACAGAUCAGAAUCAGGGACCAGAAUACACCAAAUCCGAUGCCUCGAACUAUGUGAUUGACUCGAAACUGGAGAAUCGAGUUAUUCGAAAGAUAGACUUUAUGAUCAUCCCGUUCAUUUGCAUCACGUACUUGGUCACUUAUAUUGACAAAGCCAUGCUUGGUUAUGCGGCCGUCUUUGGCUUGAAGGAAUCUUUGCAUUUGACAGGAACGGAGUACAGUUGGCUGGGAAGCAUGUUUUAUUUUGGCUACCUUGCUUUUGAGUAUCCUACUACAUUUGCCAUGCAAAAGCUACCCAUAUCAAAAUGGCUGUCGGUGAAUCUUUUUCUUUGGGGUGCAAUCACUAUGGCCUUAGCUGCCUGCGGGGGUUUCAAGUCAUUCCUCGCACUGCGCUUUUUGAUCGGUGCACUGGAAUCGUGUUCAACGCCUGCCUACCUCUUGAUCACCGCAACCUGGUAUACUGUUGAAGAGCAGCCAAUUCGAAUUGGCUGGUGGUCAACCUUCCUUGGCGUUGCAAAUUCAUUCGGUGGCCUGUUGGCUUUUGCCGUGGGUCAUAUCAAAGGGUCCUUGGAAUCAUGGCAAUACCAAUUCAUAUUCAUCGGAGCCAUAACGUGCGCUUGGGCUAUUUUCAUGGCGUUCACUCUGGCCGAGCGUCCCUCAACAGCACCAUGGCUUAAGGAAGACGAGAAGCAAGUUGCCAUUAGACGCCUGGGACCAAGACACCACGGUUCAAAUUUCAACGAGAUAAAGAAGUACCAGAUUCUGGAAGCGGUCUUUGACCCCAAGACUUGGCUUUUCUUCCUUUGUGGUGUGGCAACCCAGGUGGUCAACGGUGCCGCCAGUAACUUCGGCAGCCUGAUUAUCCAAGGAUUUGGCUAUUCCAAUCUAGUUACGACUCUGUUCCAGAUACCAUAUGGAAUGAUUAUUCUGGUAUCCAAUGUUUCUGCGAUGUAUUUGCAGCGGUGGUUACCAGGCCAGAAGCGAUGCCUUGUCGCCGUGCUGUAUGUGUGUCCGGCUCUAGCCGGCGUUGUUGGGAUCCACACAAUUUCCCGCGAUCACAAAGUCGCACUUUUAGUGUGUUACUGGUUGACGAGUACCUAUACCGCCUCUUUCGCCAUGAUCAUGUCUCUCAUUACAGCCAAUACUGGUGGCUCCACGAAACGGUCUGUCGUCAACGGCAUGUUCUUUAUCUCAUAUUGCGUGGGUAACAUAAUUGGACCUUUCUCGUUCAAGAGCAACGAGGCCCCGAAAUAUACGUCUGGAAUCGUGGCGAUGUUGGUGGCAUACUGUGCUGAGAUCUUCUUGCUCCUGGCAUUUGCGACCUAUGCAGCCAUGCAGAACAAGAUCAAAGACAAGAUUCUUAGGGAAGCGGGACUGAGCUUGGAGAAUCAAAUUCAUCAAUCCCUGGAAGAGACACCAGUGGAUCAAACUGAUAUGGAAGAUAUAUACUUCCGUUACACAUACUAG